AUGCGUGAUAUUGAUGAGACAUGGCAAGCAGAUUUAGUAGAGAUGAUACCUUACUCAAGAAUAAAUAAAGGUUUCAAGUAUUUACUAACAGUUAUAGACAUAAUUUCAAAGUAUGCUUGGGCUGUUCCAGUAAAAAGUAAAAAUGGAAAAGAUGUUUCUCAUGCAAUGCAAUCUAUUUUACGAGGAAAUUACAAGUGGUAUGAUAUAUUGCCUACUCUUAUUUCCAACUACAAUAAUACAAAACAUAGAACAAUUGGAAUGAAGCCUAAAGAUGUUACUUUAGAAGACGUUGAAAUUUUAAAAGAAAGGAUCUCUAAACUGAGAAAAAUUCCUUUAAGACGACCAAAGUAUAAAAUUGGUGACAAAGUUCGAGGAAGCAAAUAUAAAAACGUUUUCGAGAAAGGAUAUACACCCAAUUGGACAACAAAAAUAUUCACCGUGGAUCAAGUUGUAUCAACUCAACCAGUGACUUACAAGCUCAAGGAUUACCAGGAUCAACCCAUCAGCGGAGGAUUUUAUGAAGAGGAACUUCUUAAAGUAAAAUAUUCAGAUAUUUAUCUUGUGGAAAAAAUUCUCAGGACACGUGGAAACAAAGUUCUUGUCAAAUGGCUUGGCUUUGAUAAUUCUCACAAUACGUGGGAAGAUAAAGCAAAUGUAUAA